CCAUGCAUGGUGGUGCUUGAUAUACUAAAAAAUGACGGCUGCGAGUUUACCAAGGGUUCCCGAGGGUCUGCGGGAUCUCAUGAAGGUGUACACCAAGGAGGUGUUACGUGAAAAGCCGGCUGACUUGUAUGGCUUUUCGGCCAACUUUUUCAACGUGAUUGUUGGUGAAAAGUCACACCAAAUGGUGCGCAAAUACGAGCCGGUGCAAACUUAUGAAACCAUCAUGAAAAACCGAGUUCGCCAGCAGGUCCCUCUGUCCCUUGUGUUCAAUAUAAUCCCCGAAAAACUUACCGAUCUAAUCAAACAAUUUAUAAAGGCUGUUCUAAAGGAAAAACCAGAGAAUAUAUACAUAUUCGCGCAGGAGUACUUUCAGAGGAUGUCCAAGGAGAAGUCGGGUCGAAUUGAGUACAGCAAAUAUUCGACAUACGAAAAGUCAUUAAAGGUGAAAGAAAACGUAGCUCCAGUAUCGAAGGUAACCUGUGAAUGUGGUCGUACACUAAGUGCGAAAACUCAGGACGGGGAAAACACGGCAUCCGCCUAUACAGACACCAAGUUAGCUGAGGCGGAUCAAAGCACAUUUUCCAGCAGCAUUUCCUACUUGCAAUCGGUUGUCAUUAUUCAGAGAAAUUUUCGCCGAUAUCUCAAGCAGCGGAAUAUAGCUCGAGAGAAAGAUAAAUGCAACAGCGUUGAAUAUGUGGCAGCAAUUCUUUUGAUUCAAAGGCAGGUGCGUGGCUUUUUGGCCCAGAAGCGAGUGGAGAAACUUAAAAAUUCACGUGACGCACCAAAACCCAAGGCUAAAUUUAACACUGCCGACUAUAUGAAAGCCGUUGUCGUCAUACAGCGACAUUAUCGCAUAUAUUUGACAAAGAAGCGGGAGCAUAAUCGAUUGAAAAAUGGCCCAGUAUCCUUAGCAACAGCCGCCAUUGUAAUCCAGAGAGCCUUCAGGAGGAUGGUGGCUUUACACAGGGCCAAAAGAAGUGCAUCUUCGGCUGCUGAUCAAGGCGAGGAACUCAACGACAAUGCCUCCGAGACCGGCUCCUACACAUCCGUCUCCACCGCACUCCUCUCAACGGAGUCCACCGAGCUGGGCAUCGCCAAUUACGAGGAACGAGUCCAUCAAAAAAUUAUUCACGAGGACGAGGAAGUGGAGAACAAUAACGUUGAUGUCGGCCUUGAGAAGGAGUAUUUCGCAGAACCCAUUAAAGGAGCAGAAAAAUCAAUACAACAAAGGAAAAGCGAAAUCCUUAGUGGUGCUUUAAUCGAAAACAUGAUUUGUAAGCCUAAUUUGGAAAAUAUUAUGGAUUUUAAUAAGGAAUCAAAAGAUUUAGAAGGAGAUGCAGAGAUGAUACCUUCGGAACUGGAAAGCAUUAAGGAUUUUACAAACGAAUCAAUAGAUUUAAAACUAGUUGACGAGAUUUCCACGGAACCUGGCGAUGAAGCUGAAAAAAAUAUAGCUAGUCAAGUUCUAGGACCUGAAAUUAAAACAAAUAAAGCCAGCUUAAAUCUAGAAUCAGCAGCUCAAACCGGAUUUAAUACGGAAAGGGGCGAAGAAAAACUGAAAUCAGCAAAUUCGGAAACUCAAGCUGGGAUUAAAGAUAAACCCUCUAUAAAAGAUAUGGAUACUAUAAUCCUUAAGGAAAACGAAGGCACAGAUCUAGUUGAGCGGGAAGAUCACGGAUUUUCAGACAGUAAUUUGGCUAAAGAAAUUGAGAAAAAAGAAAAUGAUUCAGUAGGACAUGCUUUGAAAACAAUGGAUGAUUCUUUUGAUAAAUUGGAAGAUAAGCAUAAUGACGAAAAAGACAAAGCCAAUGAAAUAUUUAAGAUACCACAAAAUAUAAGAUCUGAAAGCGAAUUACAAGAAGUAAUAGUUAAAACCGAAGUUUCCGUUUCUCCAGCUGUUUCGAUUGAAAUUGAACAUGUAAAAGAUAUUUUAGAAGAUUCCAUUUCAGCUCAACACGACGCUAAUGUUGAUUUAGCAAUGGAUUUAAGCGAUAUAGACCUUUUGGCAGAUGAGUCUUGUGUUAAGCCCACUAUUGAAAUAGAUAGCUUUAAGUCGGUUUUGGUCAAUCAUAAUCGAGAUGUUCGUGGGCAAGAAUCUUCAAGUGAAAUGAAUUUUGAAGCAUCUACAGACCCGCUAGACAAAAUCAAAAAUGAAGAAUCAGUUGUGUUGAAAAGUACGCUUUCUGAAAAGGACGCUUCCAUUGAAAAUGAAAAUAAACCUUCUCCAAUAUCUAGAGAAAAGAGAAGUAUUGAAGACAAAGAAAGUAUUCAGUCAAAGUCGGAAAUUCAUGAGCCAUCGACAAAAGGUGAUUUCGUUCUCCAAAAUGAAUGGGAAGAAAACUUAAAGCCAAUUAUUCAGGAUGAAGUUCAAAUAAGUAGAGACAAAGUGUUUGACGAAUCAUCGGAACCUAUUUCAGCAAUGGAGGAAAUUGCUAGAACACAACCUAAUGCAGAAAAUGAAAAAAUUUUGGAAAGUAUUGAAAUUGUGACAAACAAUGUAGAAGAAUCUUUGGAGGAAGUACUCAAGCCGAUGAGUGAAGAAAGCUCUUUGGACAUUCCUGCCCAAGUUGAUGAACCGAUAAACGAUUGUAAGGAAAUUAUGGCAAAAAGCACAGAUCAUACGACUGACAAUUCCCAAAUCGAAGAUGAAUCUCUUAAACCUGAAAUCACAAGUAUUGGGGAAUCUUCCGAUUUGUCAAGGGUUGAGGCUGAGCGAGAAAGUAAAAUAUUUGAUGACUUAAAAGCUAAUAAGGAAGACCUUGAAAUUGUAAUCCAACCCGAGUCUUGUGAAUUGGAUACAAAUGUCGAAAACAGUUUGAAUAAAUCAGACCAUUCAUUAGAAAAACUUUUACCAGAUGAAACAGAAAUGGAAAUUAAAAAGCUUUCAAACCAGGAGACUUUACCAAGAGGAUCUGAAAGUUUAGAAAUUGAAAAGAUUUCUCCAGCUGAAGGGGCGGAGGAAAAAGUCAAACCAAAUGAAAUUGAUUCUUUUAAAUCGGCGAAACUGAAUAAUGUAAUCGCCACUACAGAUAUAAAUGAUAGUGUAGAAGAAAUUUUAGUUCAAGCAACUACAUUAUUGGAGCGCGACAUUUCAGAGUCAUUAAAAAAUGAUUCUGAGCUAUCUGACACCCAAACUGAAAACAAGGCAGCCAAUGAAGAAAUAAAAACGAACAACGCAAAUGCACCCCCACAGAGUAUAAUUACCAGUAUUGAAGAUGUUAUGAUUGCAGAUGCUAAAGUUACAACUGAAGUAGCGAAUAUUUCACAAGCUGAAGACAAACAAUUAGAUAAUGAAUCUCUACCAAUGGAAUACGAAUCAAUGCACAUUGAACAUAGUGAACAACAACAGAGUCUAAAACCCAGUGCUGAGGACUCUGACAUUGCCGAUAGUAAGCAAUUGCAUAAUUUCUUUAAAUAUUGGUUUCUAAUGAAUUUUAAAUUCCAGCUAAAGUUCCAACUGAAGGAUCGGGAAUUUCUCGAUCUGAAGACGAACAAGUGGAUACAAGAAACUUUACUAAUGGAAUCCAAAUCAAUGCACAUUGAAGACAGUAAACUACAGGAUGAAUCUAAGGAAAUAGAUCAAAUCUUAACUGAACAAUCAAAAAGUUUACAACUUGAAGAUGAAGAAUCGGAUAAAAAACCUUCAACAAUUAAACCCGAAACUGAAGAAGUAAAAGAUGGUAAAUUAGAGAAUGAAGCUUCGGAAUUAAAUAUUUAUGUUCCUGAGGUUGCUAAAGAGGAAAAAGACAAAUCUGAACCAUCUGAAAUAUCAGAAAGUUUCAAAAAAGUAUUAUUAACUUCACAAGAAAUAAAAUUGCCUUGUGAAACAAUCGAUAGUCAUAAAAACAGCGACGAAGAUGUUGAAAAUCUAUCGCAGUCUAAUGAUGGAGUAAUGUCUAUGAUAGACACAGCCAUUGCAGUGUUUCCAGAUGAAGAAGCUCUAGCUAAUAAAAUCCUUGAGUCUGAUUCCAUUGUUGAACCCACUAUUAAUAAUACUAGAGAGGUCGGUAAUGAAGAGAGUCUUGAUCAAACAAAAUCAGAACCGGGUUUGGAGAAAAAGGAGCCAGAUGAAGGUCACAUAGUUGCCCUCGAAGACGGUUCUCCCAAUCCAGCAACCAAAUCUGGCAUAUCCGAUACCUUACACGUGGAGCAAAAAGACGAUUCAACAGAUUUAAUAAAAAGUAGCCCUGAUGCUGCGGAGGAUACAAACACUGAAGAAUCCAAACCAAAGAGGGAGUCACCUUCUGCCCCAAAUCCAGAUAAAAAAUCUUCAUUGCUUGUAACUAAUCAAUUAAUUGGCACCCAAAAUUUACCUACUAACCAUAUUGAGAUUGAAAAGAACACCAAGAAGUUAACUAGCCCUAGUGUAAAAGAUAAAGAUAUUGGCACCUUAACUUCGGGGCGACUUGUACCCACACCCAUAGCUGAGUUGCAGCUCAAGUCAUUCAAAACUCCCAACGACGAUGGCGCCUGGUAUGAUAUUUAUGUGGAGCCCAAGCUGACUUCUGAUCAGGAUUCGGGCAAUAAUCCAGCCCCGGUUCAAGCUACCAAACCUGAGGCAGACCAACCAGCAUCUUUAGGAGUAGAAGAACCUACUAUUGUCGCAGAAAGAGUUCCGAGUUACUACACACCCCAAGAAAUCGUAGAAGCCGUUGUACCAAAAGCUAAGAACUCAGUUUCAUUUUUCGUUUCACUCGACCCUGAUGAUGGAAAACCCAAAUACCAAAUACCAAAAAAGUUUCGGGAUCCAUCAAAAGAACACACUGAAGAAGAAGUUGUAAAUGACGACGUUGCUCAAUCAGAGUAUGAUUUCGAUUCCAACGAAGAGGAAAUUGAAGUCAUUGAAGUCUCGGAGGGCGAUCCCGAGUACCAACAGACCGGAGGAACCAAGCUACAAACCAUAUUGGAACUUGAUAAUGAAAAUGAGCAGUCCCCGGAAUCUACAAAUCAAAAUACAGCUUUGGAACCAGCAAUGGUAGAUUCGUCCGAAGAAAAUACAAAUGAAGUCGAAAGUAAUUCGGGAAAAACUGAAGUGGACAAUAUAUCUGAAGAAAGCAAUGAAAAGCUAUUAACAAAAUUCACGAAAAGUGAGACUGAGCAUUUUGAAUUAGCCUAUAAAACUGACAUUUUAAACAUAACAAGAUCUGUACAGAUUAUAGAAAGGGCUUACAGUCGGUUCAAAAGCAAACGUUUUUUAAAGGGUGAACCAGGCAAUAAAUUAGAUUUGGAAAAGCAAAACAAAGCUGCUAAAAUAAUACAAAAGUGGGUUCGGGAUUCUUUAAUGAAAAAGUCCUUAAGAGAUUCCCAGAAAUCAAAAGAAAGUCUUGCUGCAAAGAAAAUCCAGAGGGCUUAUCGAAAAUAUGUGGAGAAAACAAAAGAAAGAAAAUCUGAAAACGAAAAAUUAAAUAAAAUUAAAAAAGAAAACAGUGCUGCACAUGUUAUUCAAAAUGCAUUUAGACAAUAUUUUCAGAGGAAUAAAAUCGAGCCUAAUAAAUUCCAACCCUCAGAUAAAUCAGAAUUUGAGAAAAAUCAAGCAGCCGGUAAAAUUCAACGAGCCUACAGAAGGUAUCUUAAAUUAUCCGAUAAGCCAGCAAUGACAAAUGAAUUACAGUCACAAGAGCUACAAGAAGUUUUAGAUUCAGUGGUCGAUACUUCCAAAUUGAAAUUAUCCGAUGAACAAGAAACGAGUUGUAGACAACAAUCUGUAAAACUACAGAACAUUGAGAAACCUUUAAAUACUAGUUUGAGCUCAAAUCAAAUUAUGAAAGAAUUACAAAUAGAAGACCCACAAGAUGUAGAGAAGGUAAUAAAAACAACUUCCAAUCAAAUUGAGUUGUCAAAUUGUACCAACCAACCAAAAAUGGUAAAAGAACUGAAGGAUGAGUUAUCAUACGAUGAACCAGAAAUUAUUAAUGAAGUGCAGUCUGAAGAACUAAAGGAAACAGAAAAUCUUUCGGGAGCUAAAUCAAGUCCAAUUCAUACUCCAAAAUUAGCAGAUAAUCCAGAAAUUAUAAAAGAGUUAAGGGCAGUUGAAUUAGAAGCACAGAUGCCUACGAAAGAGAAUUUAGCUCAAAAAUUAGAGGACCAACAACAAGAAAAGAACGAACCAUUGUCAGAUGAACUCAUAGAAAUAAAACAUUCCUUGGAAGAUAGUACAAGUCCUAUUCAUUUGUCAAAAUCAUUGAAGUCUCAAGAUAUAAAUAAUAUCAAAAACCCUUCUGAAGUUAGUUUAAGUCCAACUCAUACUCAAAUUAUAGCAGAUAAUCCAGAAAUAACAAAAGACUUAAAGGUAGACGAAUUAAAAAAAGAGAAUCCUGCUAAAGAACAUUCAUCUAUAAAAUUAGCUGAGCAACUAACAGAGACAAAAAAAUUAAAGUCUUUAAAAGACAGUUUAAGUUCCAUUUCUUUGUCUAAAUCAUCAGAUGAAUCAGCAAUUAUUGCGGAAUUGGUAGCUGAAGAACUGCAGGCAAUUGAGAAUCCUGCGGAAGAUGGUUCCAGUCCAAAAUCUGCCGAUAAUCCAGAAAUUACUAAAGAUUUACGGGAGGAAUCAUUCCCAAAGUUAGAGAAACCUGCGGAAGCAUAUUUAACUCCAAUUCAAGAUACACCCGAGAUCAAAAUUGAAAUACAGCCAAAUGAACUCUCAUCUCAAGAUAAACCUGAGAUCAUUAUUGAAUUACAUUCAGAUGGACUUCAAGUAGAAGAGACUCCUGCGGAAACUAUUUCCAGUUCGAUUUCUUCAUCAAAUGAUGAACUUGACGGUGAGGCCAGUGCAGCUCUUGUCAUUCAAAGAGCUUUCAGACAUUAUAUGGAACGAAAAAAACUUGAAAACUUCGAUGAGAGUUCCUUUGACUCGAUAACCAGCUCCCGAAUAACGGCCAUAGAAACAUCCAAUUACCAAACUGCUGUAACACCUGUAGAAAGUUUGGUGCACGAAGCCACCGAAGAACCAGGCGAAGAUGCGUCCAGGAUAAGCCAGAAGUCCGGGUGGUUUGUGGGAACAACUCGCAUAGUACCUAGCCAGGGAGUCGUUGAGGAACAUCGUGGGGUAGAAACCGAUCCGGAUCCAGCUGUUGUCACUCGUAAAACUGAGCUGAACACCAGCACGCAAGUAGAAUCAGUUGAAACCGUAGAUAGAACGCAUGGCUCGCUUGAAUCCAAAUUAACUCCUGGUAUUAGCAGUUCGAAUAUCGAUGAGAGUCUAGGCAGUGCAUCUGAAAAGGAUAAUGCAGUCUCUUCUGGUUUAGCAGGUUUGACAGAGACAUCUGAAGCUGGCCUUGGUUCAGUGGAGGAUCCACUACUUCUAGCGCAAUCCGAUUUCGGUGGUAUCGUCCAGGCUUUAGAUAUUGCUUCAACUCAAGAAUUGGUUAAUAAUUUUCUGGAGAAUGAAAUUGAGUACUCAUCUAGGCAGGGAGCUUUUCAACCGCAAGCAGUUAUAGAGGAACCUUGUGUAAAGAAAUCUGCUUCACUGGUGAAUCUUCUUUCCGAAGGUGAAUCUGAGCCAGAAACUGUCAGUCAGAAGGCUGACUACACAGAUUCUUCAGUAUCUGAAACUACGGGCUUAGACACACUUUCGGCAGAUACAAUCGACAAGGCAACCGUCAAGUUGUCCAAGCCAGAGGAGGUGAUUGAGAAAAUGUCGCAGUUGAAAGACUCCAAGUCCCACGACAGACUGCCCUCGGCAGCACCCAGUUUUGAUGAGCCCGUAGUGCGACCCAUGAGUUCCCUGCAGGAACAGUACAGCCUGGAUAUCGAGGAUGGCGAUAUUAUCGUUUACAAUCGACUGCAGCGGGAAGAAACCCGGGAAAGCUCUGCCCAGAGUGACUCCGUGGUCUUCGGUGAGGCAGAAGCUGAAACGGUCCAGCUCAAUGAGGAGGAGUCCGGAAGAGUGCACUUAAUGCGGCACUACACUAUCGCAGGCGACGAUCCGAGGGGCCUGUUCAGAUCCGUGACAAUUGAUGAUGCUCUGAGUUAUGUGGAGAUCGGAGAAAAAGACAUGGCCAUCAACAGCAGCAAUAGUUUAUGUUUGGACGACGAAACCUCGGAGAACAUUCGCAAGAAGAUGAUGGCCUAUUCGUUGUCCGAAACGGAUUCCGAUUACUUUGAUCCGAGAAAGACCAGCACAGAGGACUUCGAAAUAGACACGGCCAUGGCGGAUGCCAUGGGCACAUCCACCGAAACAGAGUCCACCAUUGUUUCGGCGGCCACGAAAAUUCAGGCCGGAGCUCGUGGCUUCCUCACCAGGCGAAGAUUGCGCAGGGCGAGUGCUGGGACAAAGUCAUCCACUUUGGACACCAAGGCGUCCUUCGGCAACGAUGCGAUCAGCGAGUCCCUGGAGCGAUUCAUCGAGGAGGAGGCCGCGAAAAAGAUACAGGCCGCCUAUCGGAUGCACACCCGGAAACGCAAGGGACACAGCCGGAAAAUGGAGGGCAUCAGUUUGGAGAGCAACCUGGCCGCCAGGCGUCAAAAACUGCAGCGCGGGGAUGCACUUCGAAAUGACUCUACACCCGAUGACGAAAAUAGUUCGAGCACCAGUGGAGGGCAGGCUCCAAGAAGUUCCAAAAUUGUGAAAAGCAAAACAGUUGGCGAUUCAAAAUCGAAACCCGACAUGGAGUUGAAGUGGUUAAAAAUGAGGCAGAACUCCAUGCCCGUACAAAUUGAUUGCGAGGUUUUCAGAGUUAUUCCCAAGCACAUGCGAAAACGUAUAAAAAGCGCCGAGGCAAACAAACGAAAGUAAAGUAUAAACAAGUCUAUAAGUAU